GCUCAGUCAGAUAUGGAGGCUCGAGUGUGUCAGCUGACUGAAGGAAUACAGAAGCUGCUGCAGACUGACAGGGGGCGGAGCCUGAGCCAGCAGACGCUGCAGCACCUGGAGACAAUGCAGAGCCACCAGCUGCAGCUGCAGAGCCAGCUGCUGGAGUCGGCCCUCAGGAUAGUGACUGCACACGCCACCGUGACCCCUGCGACCUCUGACCCGGCCGCCUCCUCUGACCGUCUGCAGGUCACUCACCUGGACGCUGCAGCAGACUUCCUUGGCAACCAGCAGCAAAGCUCCUCGGUAACCAGAGCUGGCACCACUGUGGAGACCGGCCUAGUUGCUAUGGCAACACCCCACCAUGACCGAUGGCCAGAGCAAACCAG